UAGCUCGUUGGCUUCAUUUAAUACAACUUUCCCCGUAUGUUUUAUAAUAGCGUAUUUAAGUUGUCUAUAGCAAUCUCCGUUUAUGGAAAUAAUGCUAUCGCACUGGUAACGGGUAUCUGAAACGGGUGCUGGCUACGUGCUGGUGCUUUAUCUCCUUUAAAUCAUGUUGCAGGGCCAGCUAACCUCCAGCUAGCUAAGUUACAAGGUGCAGGAUGAAACCCAUGACAAUGAGGCAGUGUGUUCUCCAUGGACCUUGUGGAUCAUGUCUCUGAUCCUGUUUGCCUUUGUGGUCCGGGUGAGGGAUGGACUCCCCCUGUCGGCCUCCACAGACUUUGAACACAACCGCGAGCUCCAGGAGAGGAAGCAGCAGCUCAGGACCACCAGCAAGGCACUGGCCCGCUUCCCCGACAAAGGGACCAUCAAGGGCCGGGAGCUCAACAUCUACUUCGUCUCUUCAGAGGGUGUAUCCUACAUGACCGUGUGCCACUGCAGCCUCCCUGUUGCUAAGGCCUUCUGCUUCCUGGAAGAUCUGCGCUGGGAGUUCACAGCGAGCUUCAAAAGCACUGUUGUCGCCUUGGCAGCCAGGCCAUAUCCGUUUUUAGAAUUUGACGGCACCAUUCAGAAGCUGAAGCAGCAUUACAACCAGAACGGCGGACCGGCGCUGGAGGUGACAUUGGCAGAGGUCCAGGAAGAUCUGAGGCUCCAUCCACCACAAGUGAUUAACUGGGAGGAAGUGGAGCUUACCAACGGCACUGCAAAUGGGCACAUGGAGCAAAGUCCUGGAUCUGGUCAGAAUGGAAGACUCCAACAAGUGACAGCGGCAGGCAUCCUCUCUCUGGUCCUAAAUAUUGUGUGUGCAUCUUUGAACAUAAUCCGAGGUGUUCACCUCAUAGAGUACACAUUCCAGGAUGAUUAUGAAGGAAUAUGGAAUGUCGCGGCAUUUCUUCUGGCGUUUGUCUGCUGUUUGUUGCAGUGCCACCUCUACCUGUUCCAUUCGUCCCGGAAGAAACCCAAGUCCUUCACCCUGCUGAGUGCGAUUGUCCUAUGCAACUUCUACCUGCUCGGCCUGAGGAACCCGUGGCAGCUGAUCUUCCACGUUUCAGUCGCGUCCCUCUCCACCUUCCUCAUCCUCACCCGCAAACUGCAAGACAGAACCAACGACUGUGGGGUGUGAGGAGCGCGCGGGGGGGAGGACGGGAUCACCGCUCACAGCUCUUUCGGUGCAGGUGAGAGAGGCAGGCGGGCGAUUGGUUCAAUGCACGCGAGAUACGAAGAUGUUUGGCUUUUUAACAAAAUCACAUGUUCACAAAUUUUGUGUGAUCACGGAAAAUGGCGUCAAUAUUUCCUUAUAGACAGUAGCUACUUGCACUCUGUGUGAAUUAGCUUCUCGAUCCAAGGUAAAGUGCAGUGCUGCGUGGAAACAGAUUACCAACAGAAAAAGCUUCAGGAUCCGUCCCGUCCCACAAAGGUUUUGAAGAAAAUGAAGGAUUGUUUUCUUAUGUAGAAACAACAUUUUAUAAACUGUUGGAGAAGGUUAAUGCUUAAUUUAUGCUCAAUUUCAGCUCAGUAUUAUUUCCGCUACUACAGGCCAUUUAUUAUCUUUGCAUAAUCAGUUAAUCAAUGCUAAGUGACAGUUGGUGAUUGUAACAUUUGAUGUAAUUGUUAGAUGUAAAAGGCAUACAGGCAGGUGAACCUCCAUUGCUGGAGGUUUGCUACUUCUAUGAUUUAGUGUUUGUUUGAGAUCAGUGACGGCCAAGUAAAGCGGACAAUGCAGCUAUUUCAUUUUUUGGUUUCCAUUAGUUGCUUUUGGUUUGUUUAAUCGUGUUGACGUAUGUACAAAUACACCAGCAAGUGCUCAGCUAGUCAGUGCAAAGUUUAAAAUGUAAGGGCUCCCUUAUUGAUUAACUUAUUAAUUAAAAGUUCAAGGGGGGAACAUUAGUCUCAUAGUCACAAUCUCAUAUCAUUUUAUGAUGUUUGUGAUAAGAUCAUUUCUUCAUUUAAAACCAAUGUUUAUUUGAUUCAUUACAAAUUUACAACUGACUUUUGUCUAUUUUUUUAAAAUUGAUUGUUGCUUUGUUAAAAUGUAAACUGCGGGUAAGAAUAUGAAAGCACUGAUUUGAUGGGUAAAAUACUAUUUACAUUUUUUGUUUUUCUAUAGGGUUUGGCCAUUGUUCUUGAAGGUGUUGCAUAUCAGGUUCGGCUAUUUAUAUCCUGAUAUUGGUUUACUUGUUUGAGUUUUAUGUCUUCUUCAGGAUUUAUUACACCGCUCACUACCUGUCGUUCUCAGAUUGUCUUAAACAGAACUCGAGUUAUUAUCUGCGUAUGUUCCCUUAUAGAAUGGUAGCACUACUAAAUUAAUCGGAAACAUCUCCUUUUAGUUCGUUCUUUAAUAGGAUUUUGUGUAUUUAGCUUCCUAGAUGUUCUUUUCUAAUAGCUGAAGAGUUGCACUAAUGUGUGUUGAGCGAGGGAGUAAAUUAUUAGUUCAUAUUGUUUGUCGGUAAAAUGUAAUAUUUGUGGCAUUGUUUCCUUUAUCAGACCAUUAUAUCGGGAAAAUUAAGAGGAUUUUACAGUGAAGAGGUUCAGACAAUCGUCCUUCACGUCCUUCACAAUAAUGUUUUAAAAGAAAAAAGUUUUAGUUUACAAAAACAUAAAAAGUAAUUUAGCUCUCGAUGGCACAGUCAAGCCUUUUAAUACAUUUUCAAUGUGUCGUGCUCAUAUCUGGGUGUUGGGUGUCAUUUCUGACAUGUGGAGGGACUCGGCCACGUGUGAUGCCAUUUAUUAAGUGAAAACUUCUUGGCAUUUUCUGUGCAGGACAUUGGUGAGGCUGCAAUAUAUGGUAAUGUUAAUGAUGCCGCCAUUAUGCUCAAGAUGUAGAACCAAAUAAUGUGGGGAGAAUUUAGACACUUGAAACGGAAAGGAUCAUUUAGUCGAUUAUGACGCCUUUAUAACAUUUAGUAGAAAUUCACUGUACAAUUGAAAUAUGUGGCAGCCUUCUCUUAUUCUGUCUCUUUUAUCAUUAUUUAAAGUCUGAUCUGGAUACAGGAUUUUCUUUUGAAAUCUCAUUCAGGUUUAAAGUAGUUAGAUGCUUUGUAUAUCAAAACAGUCAGCAGAAAGGAGUUAUUUGUACUCAUGAGGUUGAUGUGUGUAAUAUUGGGAAGUGACGUACUUGUCAUUCAUUGUAACCGCCAAACACACUGGUGAUUACAGGGCUUUAUUACUUCCUGCUGUGGUAAAACUGACAUUUGGUCAAUAAACAGUGUCUUUUUUUCCUCUUGUUGAUCUGAUUUGUGUGUCUAAGAAAUGACUUUUCUCUCCAGAAUCAGCAAUAAUACGUCAAAGAGUUUUUCUAAAAGUGCCAUUUAACGUUUUACCGUUUACUUGUGUAUUUCUCCAAUAUUACACCAGAUGGAGCACUUUCACAAGAUACUGAUCUUCAUGAAAUCUUGGGUCAGGAAAGACGUACAUUUCAUACUUCAUCUAUUGUGAAUAGAUGAUAUGGUUUGUGUGUUCAUUUGAACUCCAAAUAAAUCGUCUGUGUUCUU